AUGGCGACACCGUGGCCCCGAAGGUCGACCUGGCCGAUCCCAAUAGACGAGCAUGCUACCAACCUCAGCGCUUUCCUUCGCGAGGUGCUAUCCUUAAUCGAGCGCAACGGAGGCCAGCAGCCUCUGCCGGCAGACAUUGUUGGCGAUAUCAUUCGCGGCGCAUUGACGUUCGUACUGAAGACGCAGCACUCCCCUAACCUCAGUAGUCUCAGCGACGCGCUCAACGUCGCGCGGACCGAGGCAAGAGCGACAGCAGAAAGCACGGCGCGAACCCUCGACUAA